AAAGGUCGAUACAAUCACAUCUCACGCUCAAACGAAUCGCUUUCUUCUUCACUCUCUCUGUCUCUCUCUCAGGAAAAUAAUGAAAUUGUGAAAAGCCCUAAACCCACCGCGAAGAAGAUGGAUUAUAAGGGAAAGGGAAAACAGGUCGCCGGAACUGAAUCGUCUUCCGGCGGAAGGAAACGGAAAGGAGGAGUCGAGUUCAGAGACGAAGGCUUGAGGAUUAGUAAGCGGAAAAACCCCGGGGUCCUUCAGUUCUUCGAGGAAUCCGCCGAGGUUGGUUACUAUGGAGGGAGCUCCGACGAAGAUUGCGAUGUUGGUGAUUUCCUUAACGAUAUGGAAGAUGAACCCGAUGUCGAAGCAAAUGGUAAGGAUAACAAAGGAGAAAAGGGAAACUCUUUCUUUGUUUUUCCUAAGGAAGAGGAGCUAAACGAGGAAGAAUAUGAUAGAAUCAUGGAAGAAAGAUACAAACCUGGUUCCGGGUUUGUUAGAUAUGCAGACGAUGAUGUGAAAACUUCCAUUGAGAUGGAUGCUCUUGUUCCAACUGCCAAGGAUCCUCCACUAUGGAAAGUAAAGUGUGCGAUUGGACGGGAAAAGCAUUCGGUUUUCUGUCUCAUGCACAAAUUUGUCGAGCUGCGAAAGAUAGCCACCAAACUACAUAUCUUGUCUGUGUUUGCUGUGGAGCACGUCAAGGGUUUUAUCUUCAUAGAAGCUGACAAGGAACAAGAUGUGCUUGAGGCAUGCAAGAGCUUACAUGGUAUCUAUGCUACUCGGAUGACGUUAGUUCCUAAAGCUGAAGCUCCACAUCUACUUACUGUCCAAAGAAAAACUAAAAAGUUUGCCGAGGGAACAUGGGCUCGUUUUAAGAGUGGUAAAUACAAAGGAGAUCUUGCUCAGGUUGUGGCUGUCAAUGACACGCGGGGAAAAGCAUUAAUAAAGUUAAUUCCAAGGAUUGAUGUGGCGGCACUGACCCAAAAAUAUGGUGGAGGAGUUGCUGUCCAAAAAGGCCUGAAUCCAGCUCCAAGAUUGAUCAGUUCAAGCGAGCUUGAGGAGUUUAGACCUAUCAUUAAAGUGAAGCGUGAUCGGGAUACUGGAAUAACUUUUGAGCAUCUUGAUAGCCUGAUGCUGAAAGAUGGGUUUCUAUAUAAAAAAUUAUCCUUAGAUUCAUUAUCCUGGGGGGUUAUUCCAUCAAAGGAGGAGAUACUAAAAUUUAGGCCUGUAGAACAAAAAGAACCUGGUGAUGUGGAGUGGAUUUCUGAAAUUUAUGGCGAAGAAAAGAAGAAAAAGAUUAUUCCAACUGGCAGUGUGAGGGGGAAAGGAGAAGGAUCAGAGUGUGGAAAAGGAGAAGGUUCAUCAGAAUCUAAGUCAGAAAGUAGCUAUGAGUUGUAUAAUCUAGUUUGUUUCAGUCGAAAAGACUUCGGUCUGAUUGUGGGCGUGGAUGACAAAGGUGACGGCUACAGGGUUCUGAAAGAAGGUUCUGAUGGACCCGUUGUAGUCAGUGUUGGAAAAAAGGAAAUGCAGAAUGGUCCGUUCGAGUCAAAAUUUUCUGCCCUGGAUAUGAAUAACAAACAGAUAUCAAUCGGUGAUGUUGUGAAGAUUUCCAAAGGCCCAUCUGAGGGUAAACAAGGAGUUGUAAGGCAAGUAUACAGAGGGAUCAUAUUUCUUUAUGCGGAGAAUGAGGAAGAUAAUGGUGGAUAUUUCUGCUGCAAGUCACAAGCGUGUGAGAAAAUUAAACUCUUUACUGACGAAUCUAAUGAAAAGACUGAUGGAUUUGAUGCUUCAGCUUUUGGGGAUAUUGCAUCCUCCCCAAAAUCGCCUCUUUCUCCUGAAAAAGAGUGGCAGCCCAAGGAAAAAUACAUUAACUCCAACCAAGGAGACAAAGGUAGCAUGUAUUCUAUAGGCCAAAAAUUGAGAAUACGUGUGGGUCCAUUGAAGGGGUAUCUCUGCCGUGUUAUAGCUUUACGCUAUUCUGAUGUUACCGUUAAGCUUGAUUCCCAGCAUAAAAUUUUAACAGUUAAAAGUGAGCAUCUUGCCGAGGUUCGCGACAGAAAUACUUUCUUAAGUACAAGUGCGGAUGCUGGGACUAGUUCCUUUCAAUCUUUUGACAUGCGUGGAGCAGAAGUCAGCAGUGGAGAUUGGGCAAAAGGAGCAAGCACUUCAGGAGAGGGUGGUAACUUGAAUAUAGGAGGCGCUUCAAGUGAUUGCAGAACGAUACUAGUGGCGGAUCGAGCUGGGGACGCAGAACGAUAUGUUGGUGAAUCGAGCUGGGGCAAGCAAGACAGUGGUGGGGGUGGUUCUGCCUGGGGUAAACAGGAUAGUGGUCGUGGUGGUGGUUCUGCCUGGGGCAAGCAGAACGAUACAAGUGGUGGUUCGAGCUGGGGCAAGCAAGACAGUGGCGGGGGAGGUUCUGCCUGGGGUAAGCAGAACGAUACAAGUGGUGGUGGAUCGAGCUGGGGCAAGCAGAACGAUACAAGUGGUGGGGGAUCUAACUGGGGCAAGCAGAAUGAUACUGGUGGUGGUGGAUCUAGCUGGGGCAAGCAAGACACUGGCGGAGAUGGUCCAAGCUGGGGUAAACGGGAUGGUGGUGGUGGUGGUUCUGCUUGGGGUAAUCAAAACGAUGGUGGUGGGGGAUCGAGCUGGUCCAAACAGGGUGAUGGCGGUUCUAAACCGUGGGAAGAACAAGGUGGUGGUCGUGGGUUUGGUGGAAGAAGAGGGGGUUUCCGAGGAUGUUUCCGCGGAGGUAGAAACCAAUCAGCAGGCAGAGAUGGAGGACGCUCGUUUGGUCGGGAUCAAUCAUCUGGCUGGAAAAGAGACAGUCAAGAGAGCACUUGGAAGAGCGACCAGAGUGGUGGAUCCGACUGGAAAAAAGGAUGGGGAGAGGAUUCAAACAAUAGAAAGCCAUCGGAUUCAUCCUCUAGCGGAAAGUGGUCUAGCUGGGAUACUAACUCAAAGAAAGAAGCCAAUGCUGGUGACGACAAACCUAGCAAUGAAAACAAACCAGCUUGGGGAAAUAGUAACAACCAGGUGAGUUCCGGAAACAGCAAUGACGGUUGGAACAAAAAGCCAAAUGAUGAUGUUAAAACGAGUGGAGAAGCCGAUAACGCAUGGGGCGCCAAAACAAACGCAGCAGCACCGUCAUCAAGUGGCUCGGCGUGGGGAACCGGUGACAACAAAUCUGGAUGGUAA